UACGAGAAUGUAGUUUCGCGCGCUGCUUCUAAGCUCCAGCCACUAACUUGAUUGACAGCUCUAUUACCCAAUUAAACUAGAGCAGUAGGAGGAAACCAACCAAUAGAUACGACGAUCUUUUUUUUAGCGGGCGGGAUAUCAAAGUCUUGAAGAAUAAGUCAUUGAUCAGUUUCCAACAAGGCAUAGAGUUGGUCGUACCAACCUGUCUUUGAUUUGAUUAAGGACAAACUUGCACGUUCGUCCUCAAGAUUCAGUUUAUUUUUUCUUUGAAGGUCAAAACAGAGGGCAGCUGCAAUGUGGAUUCAAGUGCGCACAAUGGAUGGGAAGGAAACCCACCGGGUGGACUCCUUGUCUAAACUCACCAAAGUGGAUGAACUGCGUCUGAAGAUCAUGGAGCUCUUCAAUGUGGAGCCAGAGAGACAGAGGCUUUUCUAUCGUGGAAAGCAGAUGGAAGACGGUCACACCAUAUUUGACUACAACGUGGGCUUAAAUGACAUAGUGCAGCUGCUGGUUAGACAGAAGAUGCCGUCUGCAGAGGGUGUAAAAACUAAGGACAAGGAAGCUGAGCUGUCAGACUCCGAUUCUGGCUGUGGCUCAACCCAGAGCGAGUCUGACAAGAACUCCACCCAUGGCGAAGUGGAAGCACAACCUGCUGGAACGUCGGCUCAGACCAGCAGCCCCGAGCUCAUCGAUCCAGGAUUUGGCUUUUACAAAAUUAACGAACUAGUGGAUGCAAAAGACCUGAACAUGGGCGCGUGGUUUGAGGCCCAGAUCGUAAAUGUCACAAAGACGGGGAAGACGUCUGAAGGCGCAGCUGCAGACCCAAAGCCAGCUGAGGAGGACAUCCUUUACCAUGUCAAAUAUGAAGACUAUCCAGAGAACGGCGUGAUUCAGCUGCUGGCCAAGGACGUCCGCCCACGUGCCCGAACGGUGUACCAGUGGCACCAGAUAGAGCCGGGGAUGGUCGUUAUGGUCAAUUACAACCCAGAUGAUCCCAAGGAACGUGGAUACUGGUAUGAUGCGGAGAUCCAGAGGAAGCGGGAGACUCGAACCAUACGGGAAGUUUACGCCAAGAUCAUCCUUGGUGAUGCUGGUGACUCUCUCAAUGAUUGCCAAAUCAAGUUCCUGACGGAGAUCUACAAAAUUGAGGAACCUGGUUGUCUUAGCGACACCCCGGCUGGAUCUGAGAGCCCAUUAAAAAGAUCUAACGGACCCGAGUGCAAGCACUGCAAGGAUGACCUCAGCAAAAACUGUCGCUGGUGUAACUGCCACAUCUGCGGCAUCAAGCAGGAUCCUGACAAACAGUUGCUGUGUGACGAAUGUGACAUGGCUUAUCACAUCUACUGUCUGGAUCCUCCACUGACUUCCAUCCCUGAAGACGAGGACUGGUAUUGUCCAGGUUGUCGUAAUGAUGCCAGUGAAGUUGUUCUGGCCGGAGAGAAGCUGAAGGAGAGCAAGAAGAAAGCCAAGAUGGCCUCAGCUAGUUCAUCUAGCCAAAGAGACUGGGGAAAGGGAAUGGCAUGUGUGGGUCGGACAAAGCAGUGCACCAUUGUACCAUCCAAUCACUACGGUCCGAUCCCAGGAGUUCCUGUUGGCUCCCUCUGGAAAUUCAGAGUGCAGGUCAGUGAGGCGGGUGUUCACAGGCCUCAUGUGGCUGGAAUUCAUGGAAGGAGCAAUGAUGGCGCCUAUUCUUUGGUUCUGGCAGGAGGCUAUGAAGAUGAUGUGGACGAUGGAAAUGAAUUCACUUACACUGGCUCUGGAGGGCGCGACCUUUCUGGAAACAAGAGAACAGCUGAACAGUCGUGUGAUCAAACACUCACCCACAUGAACCGAGCUCUGGCCCUGAACUGUAACGUCCCCGUUAAUGACAAACGGGGGGCCGAGUCCAAGAACUGGAAAGAAGGCAAGCCGGUCCGAGUUGUACGGAGCUGCAAAGGACGCAAGCACAGCAAAUACUGCCCUGAGGAGGGAAACCGUUAUGAUGGCAUCUACAAGGUGGUCAAGUACUGGCCAGACAAGGGCAAGUCUGGCUUUUUGGUGUGGCGGUACCUGCUGAAGCGCGAUGAUGAUGAGCCCGCCCCUUGGACCAGAGACGGCAAGGAGCGCAUCAAGAAGCUUGGUCUGGUCAUGCAGUAUCCUGCUGGUUAUCAGAAGGAAAAGGAGAACAAGAACGAAGUAGAGGAGGAACCAACCCCCACCAAGACGAAGAGAAAGAGAAAAUCUCAGGGCAGCGAAUCUGCAAAAUCCUCACCAGCAAAGUCACCUAAAAAGAUCAAGGUGGAAGUCUACAAGCUUUCCCAAGAGCAAAAAAGUCUCAUCAAGAACGACAAGCAAAACAAGAAGUUGUGGGACGAAGCCAUGGAGUCACUUUCCCUUGGACCGAAAUUCUUGAGCAAAGUUGAAGAAGUUUUUCUCUGCAUUUGCUGCCAGGAAGUGGUUUUCCAGCCAAUCACCACAGAGUGCCAACACAAUGUUUGUAAGGAAUGUCUUCAAAGAUCCUUCAAGGCAGAGGUUUAUACCUGCCCGGCCUGCAGACAUGAUCUGGGCAAAAACUACUCCAUGACUGUCAACAAAUGUCUGCAAGACGUUCUAAGUCAGUUUUUCCCAGGAUACAACAACGGGCGAUGAUUGUUGAUUCUUCAUUCUCGGCCCUUAAAGAAACGUGAUGACAAGCGCAUGGACCAUCUUCAAUAGAAGCAAUAAAGAAUCACUUUUUCUUAAUAUAUUUUCUAUGAUUAUAAAACUACAAUGUUUGUGAACGUAAAUGAUGCCAGUUUUGCCAUGUCUUACUUUCACUGAUAAAUUAAAAUUCCAGUUGGGUCUGUGCCAUAGUCUCUUUAGGCCAUUUUUGUUUUGUCCUAUUUACUAAAAUUCUCUCCUUUUUAGCACAUUUAUUUGAACUAUAACCCCCUCCCCCCACUGCGCUUUAUAAAGAUGCAGUUUUGUAUCAAGUUCUGGUUUCAAGUUCUGUCCAUUUUCCGUUUGACCAAAAUGCAUUUUAUAAGCGUCAUGGGUCUAGACAGGAUUCCCGGUCCAAAGUUGCACUAUUGUAAGUUUUCCAUUAAAUCAGAGUUGCACCAAACCUGCGAUUGCAGACGAAACGGACCAGCUCUCGCUUUUGCUGGAUUGACAGAUCUGAGAGGCAGUGUCUUAUUUGGUAGCAGUGUCAUCAGUUUUUGUGUCAUUUGACUUUUCCAUUCUUGCAUUUGGGGGUUCUAAAUGAUCCAUUAAUUUUGAAUUCUUGAUGAAUUUCAAACAAAACCAACUAAAUGGUAUUGGAAAAAGUUAGCUUUGUGGUCCAAAGAAAAUGCUUUACAAUGUAAACAGACCUCACCUAAUUGUAAUUUUUCUGUCUUUUAACAAAAGAUUUGAUCUACUUUGAAAGAAAUUGUUUUGUUUUUGCAUUUUUUUCCUUAAAAUUUCAUUUUCCUGUGCAUUUCUAAAUACUUUAGCUUCUAACUGCAUUUGUCCUUGAAACAUUUGUCUUGGUUUGCUUGAUUAUGACAUAAAAAAACAAGACGUUUCACCACAAUGUUCCUAAAAUGUUGUUUCUGCUGAGUUUAUAUAUUGCCUAUUGCCAGUACAUUUGCUUUUUGUUGAACUUCACCAGCAGUGUUUGUCCCUGUGUAAGCAAUUUUUGUAUAGUGAUGCCAACAACUGUUAGCAUAGACUGGAAAAUUUAUAUUUACUAAACAUUUUCUUUUUUUAAAAUUUUUAGGCUUUUUAGAUUCAUAGGUGGAGAACUCCUUGCUUGUUUGGUGAAGCUUUUUAUCAAUUUUUCAGUGUUAUUCAAUAAAAAAUAAAAAGUUGACUAAA